AUGUUGUCAAAUAGCAGAUUAGCAGGAUCCAGAUUAUCCGCCGCUGUUUUCAGAUCUGGACUUGGGCGUGCUUCAAGACCUGUUGUUCACAAGAUUUUGACUCGUCGUCAAAUAUCCCAAUCUGCCCAACAACUGAAUAAUUACCAAGAGGAUCGAUUCAGAGAUGCUCAAGAAACCCUUGAGCCACUUGAUAGAAAUGAUACAUCAUACCAAAAUCUAAGGGCAUACAAUGCAAGAAAGUUAAGAGAAACAUUGGAUCUGCUCAAAAGUGCAAUGGAAGACCAAAAACCCGUUAAUGAGAUUCUUGAAAUUUUUACCUAUAGUCUAAAUGAUCUUGAUAGUACAGAACGUUCGUUUUUUCAAACAAGAACCAAGAUCGGUCCUGUUAUCAAUGAAAUGAUUGAUAUGGCAGAGAAAGAAUUAGCCAAUCCUGUUGAAGGUGCUACUAUUGUUACACCAGAUGAGAUUUUACAAAGUGCUAUUGCAUUAAAUGUUGCUGAUGUUAUCAAUUUUGAAAAAGUUAUACAGAUACAAUUCAAAAAUGGUCAAGUUUCAGAUGUUUUAUCAUUAUGGGUCUCAUACUUGGAGUAUGCUGCAACUUUAAACAUCACUUUCACUCCAAAUAUUUUGAAGAAUUACACUUAUUUAGCUUUCAUGGAAAGCUGCGCCAAAGAAAACAGAGAGUUGGAUGACCAAACCGUUGAAGCAUUAUUGCAAUCACCUCCAACUCAGAGAAUUGCAAAUUUGUCUAAAGUUGUGAAAGAGAAUGUACAAAAGAGCGACCCAAGAUAUAAAGUUCUUAUGGGAUGUCUUGAAAGAUUAUAUCUAAAAGACAAAAAUCCAAACUCUUUAGCCUUUUUAACGAAAGCUUCAGCUGCAGCUAAUACUGGGAACUCAAUGAGACUUGAUGAAAGCUAUGCUAACAUUGAAAAAGUCUCCAAGUUUACUGGUAUUAAAAUAAAUGAAGAAACAUUAACCCAUUUCAUGGGAUUCUACAAUAAGAUUGGACGUCAUUCAACAGCAAUGGGUUUUUGGAAUGAAAUUGUCAAAGCAGGUAUUAUUCCAUCUACAGCUGCUUGGAAUCAUCUUUUAGAUACUGCCAGAAAUUUGGGACCAAAAGAGAAACGAUUAUCCAAUGUUGAAGGUAUUUUUGAACAAAUCCCUGCAAAGAAUGAUGAUACAUAUGUUAGAAUGAUUUUGAUUUACUCCAAUUUCAAAGCAUAUGAUAAAUUGGAAGCACUCAUGGAUGAAACAAAACUAGCAUCUCCAGCAAUCGCACAAGUUUAUGCACAAAGUUUGAUAUCUAGAGGUGAAACUGAGAAAGCUCAAAAAAUCUUUGAGGGAUUGAAAAGCAAAAAUAUGGCAUUGAAUUUAGGCAGUUAUAACACUUUACUUAAAACUCACAUUAGACAUAAAGAUAUUAAAGCAGCCAAGAAAGUUUUAAAAGAAAUGAAAGCAUCAGGGGUCAAUCCAGAUGUUGCUACUUACUCUAUGAUUAUUGAUUUAACUUUCAAGGAAUCAAGAUUAAGAGGGGAUUUAAUCAAUGACGACGUUAUUUCAAAGAUUUUGGAGGAUAUGCGUUUGAAUGGUAUUGAACCAAAUACUUAUACUUUGACCAGUGUCAUUGAUGGUUUAGGUAAAGAUCCUGGGUAUGAAGAAUCUGCUUUGAAGUUAUUCCAAUAUUUACAAGAAAAGCACCUAGCUUCAUCAGUUACUUACGUUUCCAUGAUUUCAAAUGCUUUUAAUUAUGGUAAUACUAGACAAGCAGAGUUAUAUUUCAAAGAUUACAUUCAAGAGGGAUUCAAACUUACUGUUCCAAUUUGGAAUUUGAUUUUUGAAGGAUAUUUGAAAAACAGAAACUCAUCAAAAGUUGCUGAGUAUUACAAGGUUUUCAGACAAGCUGAUGAUGUAAUUUUCAAAAAAGCCAACAAAUUCACUUUAUAUUUCCUAUUGAAAACUGCGAAAAACCAUAGCGAUUUCGAAUUAGCAAAUUUGGUUCUUUCUGAUAUUGCAGAACAAGGAUUUGAAAAGAAACUCUCAACGCAAACAAUUGACUUGAUCAAAGAAUUACAAUCCAAUCCAAGUGUCACAAUUCCAGAGUCUGUUGAAGCCAGUUUGUAA